GCCGCAUCUACUGCGAGAAUGAAGACCAUUCUCAGCAAUCAGACUGUCGACAUUCCAGAAAAUGUUGACAUUACUCUGAAGGGACGCACAGUUAUUGUGAAGGGCCCCAGAGGCACCCUGCGGAGGGACUUUAAUCACAUAAAUGUAGAACUCAGUCUCCUUGGGAAGAAAAAGAAGAGGCUCCGGGUUGACAAAUGGUGGGGGAAUAGGAAGGAACUGGCCACUGUUCGCACUAUCUGUAGUCAUGUACAGAACAUGAUCAAGGGUGUUACACUGGGCUUCCGUUACAAGAUGAGGUCUGUGUAUGCUCACUUCCCCAUCAACGUUGUUAUUCAGGAGAAUGGUUCUCUUGUUGAAAUCCGAAUUUUUUGGGGUGAAAAAUACAUCCGCAGGGUUCGGAUGAGGCCAGGUGUUGCUUGUUCAGUAUCUCAAGCCCAGAAAGAUGAGUUGAUUCUUGAAGGAAAUGACAUUGAACUUGUGUCAAAUUCAGCUGCUUUGAUUCAGCAAGCCACAACAGUAAAAAACAAGGAUAUCAGGGCUUCCCUGGAUAUCAGAAAAAUUUUGGAUGGUAUCUAUGUUUCUAAAAAAGGAACAGUUCAGCAGGCUGAUGAAUAAGAUCUGAGUGAUCCAGUUACAGAAACCGCAAGAGGCCAGGCUCAUAUGUGAUAUUUUAAAAAUGAAUAAAAGCUCUUUUGACUUGGAAA